UGUUAGGGUAUGCACUCAUCCAACCUGCUCCAGUAGAAAAGAGAUGCAUUUACAUGACAAUCAUGUGAAAACACACUUUGUAAUAGGGGAAGCUGUAUGUAUGCAUGCAUGUGAGUGUGUACGUGUGUGCAUGCGUGUCUGUCAUAUAAAGCCACACACACCUUUUCCUCAGAGUUCAGACACUUGUUUUCAUCUGUGUCUGCCUCACCUGUCUCCUCUACCUCGACACACCAUUAAGACAAUUAAACCAUGGCGACCAGUAUGGUCAUUGAACAGCCCAAGCCGGUCGUGAUCUCUCCACAAAUUGAACAGUGGUCCACCAACCUCUGUGAGUGUGACAGCAUCUGUGACUGUUGCAUGGCAUUCUGGUGUUACCCCUGCUUCAACUGCAUCACAGCCAGGGACCACGGAGAGUGUUUGUGUCUACCUCUGCUAGAGUGCUGGGGACUCAUCCCACCCAUUACCAUGGCCAUGAGAGUGUCCACUAGACUCACCUAUGGAAUUGAGGACACCUUAUGCAAUGACUGCGUGUAUGCCUGCUGCUGUGGCCCGUGCUCCUGGUGCCAAAUAAGACGUGAGAUGAAGGCUCGUAACCAUCCUGUCACAAGCUUCCGGAGAAAUAGAUAA